AUGGAAUAUGCUGACAAUAGGGUAUAUUUUGCAAAUGGUGGGCAACAGUUUGUGAAAGACAAUUCUUUAGUGUUUGGAGAUUUUUUAGUUUUUCAAUACAAUGGUGACAAUGGAUUUAAUGUUAAAAUAUUUGGGAAAUCUGGCUGUGAGAAGAAUGAAACUGGUCCUUAUGUGGGCAUUGAUAUAGAGGAGGAGGAAGAAGUGGAGGAACACGAAAUUACUGAUGUAGGUACUGAUUUUGAUGAUGAUCAUGGUAGUGACAGUGAAUAUAAUGUUGAAGAAGAACAGGAGGAGGAGGAGGAAGAAGAAGCACCAGAAGGAACAGCUACAUUGAAGCAGAGAGGCAAAAGGAUUUGUGAAAAUGAUGGUAAACAUCAAGAGAAGGAUCCAAGAAAAGUGUCGGUGUCAAGGCAAGAACGUCUCAAGAACUUGACAAUAUCUUGA